AGAUGGAUCAGACCCAAUUGUCCUCAGAUCAGUCCCCACUCUCCCUCUGUUUAUAGGACCCACCAUACCCCUUCUUCUCUCCUUCUACACUCCAAACCACAACACAACAACACAACACAACACACCUUCACUCUCUUACUUUUCUCUGUCUCUCUAUCCUUCUACUCUCUCCUCUUAUGGACAAGACAACAUCAACAACAACAACCUCAGACAGAGAAGUCCACGACUUCAUGAACGUCGACUCCUUCUCCCAACUACCCUUCAUCCGCCCUGCUCCUCUCGUCAAGGAGAAGUCCGCCAUUCGUCUCUUUGGCAUAGAAUUCGCCGGCGGAAACAACACUGCUGUUUCGCCGGACCGCUCUGACUCUGCAGAAACAACAACCAACACCAACACUAACAACCUUAACUCCUUCGAACUCGAUGCUACCAAGGACGAUACCACUACCACCACUGUCACCACCGUUACUGAUAACAACGCCGAAACCAGUCGCAGGUUCGAGUGCCACUACUGCUGCAGGAACUUCCCCACCUCCCAAGCCCUCGGCGGUCACCAAAACGCUCACAAACGGGAACGCCAACACGCCAAACGUGCCCACCUUCAGUCAACGAUGGUGCACGGAAGCACGUUCUCUGACGCCCACCAUGUCUACAAUCUCAUGAACUACCGCUUCGGUUCCGCUCCAACACCGCCAAUGCCGUAUCCAACGUGGAACAACGCCGCCGCGUCCACCGCCACCAACACGAGGUUCUACGGAACGACACCGUUUUCUCACAGCCACCACCAGCACCAGCAGCCUAUUAACGGAAACCCUUUGGCUCUGUGGCGAAUUCCGAGCAAUAACCCUAGUUUCAGCCACGAACGGUCGUCGUUGCCGCCUUUGUUCGCGUCGCAGGAGAUAACGAACGUGAGAGCCUCGCAGGUUGUGGGAUCCUCGGGGUCGCAAAAUCGCUACGUGUAUGACUCCAAACGCGGAAGUGUGCACGACCAUGUGAGUUUGGAUCUUCAUCUGUAGUAACAUGUUUCCAUAGUUUUCGUACAUAGUAUUAUCGUGAGCCAGUAAUAACCUAUGGUGGCACUACGAGAAUCGAGGGAUUCGGCAGCGACUCUUUCUAGAGCGACUUUGGGGACAGAAUCCAUAAAAUAUGAGAAAUUUCUACCCCUGAGGGAGAAAUUGUUUCCAUUUCUAA